UUCAUUCUAAUUCUCAAAAAAGAAAAAAUGAUUUCAUUCUAUGACUUUUUCGUUGAUUUUUUGGAAGAAUAUUUCCUUGGAUAAUUUUGAUCUUCGACAUUAACGUUUUUCCUUAGCUAUGAAACAAAAGAAAAGCGCAACUUUAUUUGAUUGCCCUCUCUCGCUCUCGCUCUCGCUCUCGCUCGCACUUCCGCUGCAACGCAGGUGAGGCCAAAUUCCAUUUCCAAUAAUCUUCUAUUCUAUUGUAUCUUUUCGCGAAAAACUGAAAAAGAAUCCGCCUUUUUUCCCCCAAUAUUGGAAGUUUUUUUUAUUGCAUAUCUACGGUGAAAUCACAGAGGAAAAUAAAAGAAUAGAAUGGGAUACAUCGGGGCUCAUGGAGUUGCGGCUUUGCGCAAGCACAAGUAUAGCGGAGUUGAUCACUCCAUAGUGUCGAAAUACGUGCUUCAGCCUUUUUGGACCCGCUGCGUCAACUUAUUCCCUCUCUGGAUGCCACCUAACAUGAUUACACUUACAGGAUCAAUGUUUUUGGUUACAUCUGCACUGCUUGGAUAUAUAUAUUCACCUCAACUGGAUUCACCUCCUCCGAGAUGGGUUAAUUUUGCCCAUGGAUUACUGCUCUUCUUAUAUCAAACUUUUGACGCUGUUGAUGGAAAGCAAGCAAGAAGAACAAAUUCUUCUAGUCCAUUGGGAGAACUUUUUGACCAUGGGUGUGAUGCUCUUGGAUGUGCGUUUGAGGCCUUGGCCUUUGGAAGCACUGCCAUGUGUGGUGGGAGUACUUUUUGGUUCUGGGUUAUAUCAGCUGUCCCUUUUUACUGUGCUACAUGGGAGAACUAUUUCACCAAUACGCUUAUUCUUCCCAUUAUAAAUGGACCUACUGAAGGCCUUCUGCUGAUAUAUAUGGUCCAUUUUUUCACUGCUAUUGUUGGUACUGAAUGGUGGGCUCAACAGUUUGGGAAAUCCAUCCCAUUCUUCAGCUGGGUUCCAUUUGUAAAUGAACUGCCGAUGUAUAAAGCUGCAUUGUUUAUGAUGAUACUCUUUGCGGUUAUACCUACAGUUUCAUUCAAUGUGUACAAUGUUUAUAAGAUUGUUCGGGCAAGAAAAGGAAGCAUGCUGCUAGCGUUGGCAAUGCUUUACCCAUUUGCUCUUCUACUGGGUGGAGUUCUUUUCUGGAACUAUCUGUCUCCUCUCGAUUUACUGGACAACUACCCACACCUCGUCAUAUUGGGUAUUGGUUUGUCAUUCGGGUUCCUCGUGGGAAGGAUGAUUCUUGCCCAUAUAUGUGACGAACCCAAGGGCUUGAAGACAAGCAUGUGCAUGUCGCUAUUAUAUCUUCCAUUUGCCGUUGCAAAUGCACUCACUGCCAGGCUAAACGAUGGGGUUCCUCUUGUUGAUGAGUUCUGGGUUCUUCUUGGUUUCUUUGGGUACUCAGCGAUGCUAUAUAUGCAUUUUGUAACAUCCAUCAUUCAAGAAAUAACAACAGCUCUAGGAAUUUACUGCUUCAGGAUAACUAGAAAAGAAGCUUAAGCUGUGACUACUGCAUGACUUUCGCUGUGCCUGCUUUUAUCUUGAGUCUCUCUAGGCGGCGACUCAACUCCACAAACAUGGCAGUGAUGGAGCUGUGCAAAGAAAUAUUCCUUGGUUUGUAACUAGGUUUUACAUGUUGGUUUGUCCAAAUUAGGCAACUCUUCACACACCAUUUUUAGUACGCUUUCCUUUUGCUAUUGUAAGUUUUGGCUGUUUUCAUUUGUAGAAUGUAUGUGAUGUGGUACAUGAAUUUAGUUUCAUUACUUUAUCACAAAACUUAGUUUGCAUUUUGCA